AUGACUUGGCACAUGCCAGGCACCAACUUUUCAAAGAUUCCCCCAAAACGAAAGUGAAAUACUUCCUUUCCCUGUAUAACCAUCUGAUGCCUUGUCAUCCCUUCAUUGGUCUGACAGGUUCUUUUAUGGUCUCAGCUGUCCCCUGCAUUCAACCUGCUCAUCUCAGACUUGAAGUGAGUCUUUUAAAUCCUGUUUGAAACAUGUCAGAAACCGGUGAAAUCGAUGAAGGCUUUUACUCCAGGCAGCUGUAAGUACUACUUUUCCACUAAAAACGUAUCAGCUUACCUGUGCCAGACGUCUAACCAAGACAUUCACUUGCUGUUUUACCUGCACAGGUAUGUCCUGGGUCACGAGGCCAUGCACCGGAUGGCCACAGCUCGGGUCCUCAUCGCGGGCAUGCGUGGUCUGGGGGUUGAAAUAGCAAAAAAUGUGAUUCUAGCCGGAGUGAAAUCUGUCACCGUUCAGGACGAAGGCGAGGCUGUGUGGUCUGACCUUUCAUCUCAGGUACUACACCUGUUCUAAGGUGCAAAAAUGAGUAUGUUCACAAGGGCUGACAUCUAGUAUAUCUAUUAACCUGCAGGUAUUUUCGGUAAGUCACAAGACAAGGGUUCAAGCCAACAGCUUUCAGCAGUAGCCGGCUAGCUGGAAAUGGUGUUAAAUCUACUCAGUGUGUUGCUUGCUUUUAAAGGUCACAUUUGGCUGAUAUUGUGAUAGUGAUAAGAUAAUGCUUAAAACGCUUCAGUGCUAAAAGUUCAGAUAGGUUUGACUUGAAUUUGUUUGUCACUGUCCUAAUUUUGCAAUGAAAGCCAUUUUACUUUCACUUUUCUGCUGACAUGCAUCAAACACUUGCUUAAAUGCUCUUUAACUGUUGCCUUGAAAAGAUUUACAAGGAAAUCUGUCAAGUCUCAGGUGAGAAUCUGAUUAAACUGUAAUUUGAGUCACAGGGUAUGUUUAGCCACCUCCUGUUGCUUGGAAAUAGUGAAAGAAAUUGAUCAUGUGACCAAAUAUUUAGGGGAUGGGCGUCAAUUCAUGGAGUCUGUGAAGGUUAGAAGCACAUGAGUGAAGGGGUUAGACAUUUAUUUACAAAAAACAAACAUUUUUUACUCUUGAAAGUGAAUUUAGUCUGUCAUAAAUUUUAUUAGAAUUGUGUUCAGACCAAAAAAGAUCAUUUUAAAUUUGUUUUAUACGUCAAUUGUGGUAUCUAUGAGCUAUCCACCAGUCCACCAUUUUAGAUUCGAGGACUAAUAAAGUCAUCAUAGCAGUUCUGGGGUAAGUCAAGCCAGGGAUAUGUAGGGAUUUGUAGGGAUACGGCUCAACUUACCCCACUCCUAUGGUCAACUUACCCUGUGUAUGGGGUAAGUUGACCAUAGGAGACCACUUUUUUUUUUGGCAUGCUAUAUUAUCAAGACAGUUAUGUUUACACUCAUUCUGUUGCACAACAUCAUGAAAUAUAUGCAGAUUCAUUAGUUAGAGACAAAACUAUGAUCGCCUUGAUGUAGUGAUCCGAAAUAUGUAAAAUGGCUCAUCUUACCCCACUCUCCCUAUGAGAUUUUUAAGAUCAUUGAUAGUUACAUAACAGCUAACAUAACCUAUAUAUUUCCUGUAGAAAGCUGCCCAAUGCUGUUUAAGGCUUCAGUAAAAGCAUCAGCUCAACCUUGAUCUAAGAUUGUUUACUCAUAUUUUCUUUUAUUUUGACCAGUUUUUCCUGAAGGAGUCCCAUCUGGGUCAGAACCUUGCAGAAUGUUCCCUUCAACAGCUGUCAGACUUAAACUCACAUGUGCUUGUGUCUGCUCACACUGGACCUCUAGAUGAAGACCUUCUCCAGCAAUUCCAGGUACUUAGCCAUAGAGCGUGGUGAUGCAUAAAGGCAUACUGUACUCUGCAGGCUCAAACAGAAAAAUAGAUAUAAAAAAAUAUUGAGAGGGACUGUCUUUCUUCAGGUGGUGGUCUUAACUGACUCCUCACUGGAGGAUCAGGUGCGUUUUGGUGAGCUUUGCCACAAACAUGGAAUCAAGUUCAUCGUUGCAGACACGAAAGGCCUCUGUGGGUAAGUGCAAAUAAAAAAUGUUCACAUGGGAUAAAGAGGCGAGUGAUAAAGAAGUGACACUGAAAUUGUAAUAUUUGUUUGCAGCCAGUUGUUUUGUGACUUUGGGGAGGAGUUCGUCGUCUUGGACCAGAAUGGAGAGGCGCCUAAAUCAGCAAUGAUAGAAAGUAUCUCAAAGGUAAAAUCUUUAAUUUGUUUCAUGUCAAUAAAAACUUAAAAGCGCCACAAUUUCAGCCAAAAACCUCAUCCUGCUAAGAGUGAUGGUGGGAAUAAUUCACACCAACAGACAAAUAUUCUAAUCUGCACAUGUUUGGAUUGUGAAACUAAGACAAAUUUGUAGGGAAUAUACCGUGUUGAAAUGUAAAUAAAAAAACUGCUCUGACCCGAAUGGCUUAAAUUGAGAUAAUUCCCUAAUCUUAAUGUCUUUUAAACAUUUUCUAAAACAGGAUCACUUAAAAUAUGUUACUGGAAUAUUCCCUUUAAAUCUAAAUAUUACAAGCAUGACUUUUUUUCCAGGGAAAUCCAGGUGUGGUGAUCUGCACAGAUGACAAGAAGCACGGGUUGUCAGAUGGCACUCAAGUUAUAUUCUCUGAAGUCCAAGGCAUGACGGAGCUCAACAGCAUCGCCCCUGUGGAGAUCAAAAAGCGAGGUUAGUGUCAGCACUUCUUUGUUUUUUUAAUCUUUCAUCAUAUCGUAAUGACCACCCUUUUAAUAUUUAUUUAUCUUUUAUCCGUCUGUAUGUGACUCUUUAUCUCUGUCAUCAGACCUGUACUCCUUCAGCAUCAGCGACACUUCAGGCUUUUCUGAAUAUGUGCGGAGUGGAGUAGUGACGGAGGUCAAACAGCCUUGCACGCUCAAUUUUGUAAGUAUCAAGAUCCACUUUUGUGUUUUCUUACUUUUCUGAAAAAUGCUUCCCCUUGUAGACAAAGUAACUACAACAAAACUUACAGAAACCUCUGAGUGAAGCACUGUCGGACCUUCAGCUGCUGGUCAUGAAUGAUUUUGGGAAAAUAUGGAGGCACAAUACCCUGCACUUGGCCUUCCAAGCCCUCCAUAACUUUGUGAAGAAAGAACAGAGACUCCCGUAUCCUCAGUCUCAGGUGAGAAGAUUCCAACUUAUUAUCAAUAAAUUUAACAAAACAGACCAUGUGAUACUGCAGAAAAGAAAGCGGUAAACACCAGCAACAAGUUAAUAAGACUGGCUUGAUUAUAGAUACGGUUUACCAGGCUAAGUUCUUUCCAUACAGUCGGAUGCAGAUGCCCUGCUUGUAGAAGUGAAGGAGCUGAAUUCAGUGGCACAGGUAGAGGAGCUGGAUGAAGCUGCUGUGAGAAAACUUUCCCAGACAGCACAGGGGGACCUGGCUCCUGUCAAUGCUUUCAUUGGAGGUAUAGCAGCUCAAGAAGUUAUCAAGGUGAGGUCGAAAUCCACUUUUAGCACAUCCAUUGUUGACGGGGGUAAGUUGAGUUAAAAGGGUAAGUUGAGGCACCUCCUGUUGCCUGGAAAUGGUAAAAGAAAUUGACCAAAUAUUUAGGAGAUUGGCAUCAAUUCAUGGAGUCUGUGAAAGUUAGAAGCACAUGAGUGAAGGGGUUAGACAUUUAUUUCCAAAAACAACAUUUUUCACUCUUGAAAGUGAAUUUAGUCCGUCAUAAGUUUUAUUAGAAUUGUGUUCAGACCAAAACAAAUAUUUAAAAUUUGUUUAAUACAUCAUUAGUGAUAUCUAUGAGCUACAACAUGAGGUCAAAAACAUAACAUAAAAGUCCACCAUUUUAGCUUAGCGGACUAAUAAAGUCAUCAUAGUAGUUCUGGGGUAAGUUGAGUCAGUGGCCUAAAGAAGUCUGAUGAGAGGAUCAGAGUUUUAGUUCAGAUUGUUGAAAUGUUUUACUUCUUCUUUUCUAAACUACAGCUGUGAAUGUUCUGAAUCACUUAAAGACAUUUUCAUGUUAAAAUGUUUUUUUUACAAAACAGCUUUUUAGCAGUUAUUUACAAUAAUAAUUAAAAAUAUGUAUAUUGCACAAGUUGAAUAGCGUAUAAUACGGAUCACCUUACCCCAUAAACCUGGUAAGUUGACCAUAAGAGACCACUUUUUUUGGCGUGCUAUAUUAUCAAGACAGUUAUGUUUACACUCAUUCUGUUGCACAACAUCUUGAAAUAUAUACAGAUACACUAGUUAGAGACAAAACUAUGAUCGCCUUGAUGUAGUGAUCCGAAACAUGAAAAAUGGCUCAACUUACCCCACUCUCCCCUUUGUAUUACACAUGAUUUUCCAUGCAGUGGUGGUGAAGAUAUAUAUACUCCUGGCUGCAUUUCUCUGCUCACUUUCUGAUGCUCCUGCAGGCAUGUAGCGGGAAAUUUAUGCCUCUCAGGCAGUGGUUUUAUUUUGAUGCCCUGGAGUGCCUCCCUGAAGAAGAAGAAGACCAACUAUCUGAGUGCUUCUCUUCAGCAGUAAGUUCAGGGUUUUCUUAAGACACGUAUGUUAAGCCAGCACCAGUCAACCAGGCUUUUAAUGCAACCUGAACAAUUGUCUUUCCUCUCACACAGGAAGGUUCAAGGUACAGCGGACAGAUCGCUGUAUUUGGGCCAGCAUUCCAGGAGAAGCUCGCGAGGCAGAAAUACUUCCUGGUGAGGGCAGGGUUGAUGUUUGUCCACUAGGGGGCACACUCACACUCUGCACUGGAAAGCAGAGGCUGAGUCUCUGUGUUUGCUUUUGAUCUUGUCUGGUGUUGGUGAUGGCACAUGCAGGAAGCGGCUGUGAUUCAGGCGGCAUUUCCUGCCAGUGUUGACCUCUUGGUGUCCAGGGGCUGUUCUUGCAGCGCCAAGGCCUUUCUCUGUUUCCUCCUGAAAGUGUUAUUUUUACUGUUGUUUACUGGCUGAUAGUGUGAGACACAGUUUAGGGUUGUGUUUCUUUUCUCACUGUUAAAAAAAACAUGCAAAUUGUAAGGAUGUGAAACAAGACGGAACAAUAGAUGAACAAUGUCUGAUUUGUUGCUUUACAAACACACACUCAGUCCUUUGACGCACUCUCUCUUGUCCCUUUUGGAGGUCGGAGCCGGUGCUAUUGGAUGUGAGCUCCUCAAAAACUUCGCCCUCAUGGGGCUGGGUGCAGGUGAAGAAGGACGCAUCACUGUGACGGACAUGGACUUCAUAGAAAGAUCCAACUUGAACCGACAGUUCCUGUUCAGGUCUCAGGAUGUUGGGGUGAGAGAACACACUGUGUGGUGGUGUAUCAGUGCCUCUUCACUCACCUGCCGUCAGAGCUCACUGGCUCUUGUUUACCCAGGUUAAGUGGAGGGGUCAGAGGGCGUCACUAAUGGGACAUGUGGGGGUGAGGGGGUAUUGUGACAGUUUGAGGUGGCUAGCUCAGAUUACACACAGCAGCCAUGUUCGUCCGUGGACGGCUGUUUUGUAGUUUACUACGGGUUUAUAUCAGGCUGUUGAUCUCCUACCACUGUCUAAACAUAUUAUGCAACAUAACUGGGUGCAGUAUGUUUAUAACUUCUCCAAAUUUUGUGGAGGCAUGUGCUGAUUGUUAUGUAAUAGAGUAGCAGAGGAACAGCUAACAUAAAAUAUAAAUUAUUUAAAGUUUUGUUGUAAGAUUAAAAUCUGUUGAUUGAUUUGCUGUAGUUCUCCUCUAAUCUUUAGUUGCCGUCAUGUUUUUUUGUCUGAUUUGGCGCUCACUCAUCUCUGAGACUAAUCAAUUUCUUAACUAUUUCCUUGAACAGAAACCAAAAUCAGAAGUUGCGGCCAAAGCUGUGAAAGAGAUGAAUCCUCAGAUUCAAAUCACCGCCCAUCAGAAUCGUCUCGACCCCGACAGUGAAGGAGUUUACGAUUACAACUUCUUCACGAGUCUCGAUGGAGUGGCUGCAGCCCUUGAUAACGUAGAAGCCAGUGAGGAACCUUUAACUCUAUUCAUCAUUAACACAGUGAUCAUACCAAAGCAGUAAAAGUGUAUUUUUUUAAUGUGAAACCUUUUUUUUAUAAUUAGGGGUCUAUUUAGACAAACGCUGCGUUCAGCACCUUAAACCGCUACUGGAGGGAGGGACCAUGGGAACUCAGGGUCACACUCUGGUGGUGGUGCCUCAUUUGACAGAGUCUUAUGGGCCGGCUACCUCUAACUCUGGUGAAUCGAUCCCGCUGUGCACUCUGAAGAACUUCCCUCAUCGCAUUGAGCACACCCUGCAGGUAUAUUGAAGCCUAACAUAACUCAUUGUAGAAAUACACACAUAGAUUGACCUAAAUAAGCUUUAAAAACAACCACUCAAGGUCUAACUCAGUUUGUACAGUGUUUGCAUCUCCUUAACCAGUGAAUUAGGACACAAAAGUACCAUCAAAUUCACAGAUGCACGGGGUUGGAUGCAACACUAACUGCUGCAGAACAUGGACAGUAUCUACAUAAUAGGACCAUAGACUGUUUAUGCUAUGGACAACUUGCUUCCGCCUCACGUCUGUAUACAGAUUUGAAGCAAAGAAGCUCCUGGUAUUUCCAGGAUUUUGCUUCAUUUUCCGAAACCAGCAUUGCGCAGUAGCAUCAUAAGCAUUCGGCAGGACAGUCGCCGAGAGUUGCUGUGAUGACGCUCGGCUCAGACAGCGUAUCCCCCGGUUGAGCUACGCAAUCCCUGAAUGCCAAUAGGCUGUAUCAAGUGACAAUCAUAGAAAACAUGAACCCCCUAAUAACUUUUAAAAACGGAGCUUCACAGAAAAAAGAGGACUUGAGCACAAACCAGUCUAACAAUAACUACAUGUUAUUCAGCAGAGGGUGCUGUUCUCGAUUAGGACACAAAACUACAGAAACCUGAGCGUCAUGCAGAGUUAGACCUUGAGAUGAAGCUGAGAUGAAUUGUGGGGCAAAUGAAAAUGUUCAUAGACUCUGUCAUGUUUACUACUUUUCAAUGUGGACAGAAAUUAACAUUUAUCCUCCAGAGACAAUGAUUAUCUGAUGAAAAUUCUUGGUAAUUAUGAUCAAAAUCCACGCCUCUGUGACACUUCUAAGCCCACAACAAAGAAAACAAAUUAAAUUGAGUUUUCCUGGUCUUUUAAAAAACAAUUUAAAGGCUGGAGAGUCACUGUUUCACUGUUUGUAUACAAAGAUGCACCAGAGUGAGUUUUCUUCGCACUAACUGAGUCUUACGCUUCUUUCAGUGGGCGAGAGACCAGUUCGAAGGACUUUUUAAUCAAACACCAGAAAACGUGAAUCUGUUCCUGAGGUAAGAUAUGACGUCACCUUGUGAUUUAUCACCUCUAACCAGAAGUGUUGCCAGUUGCCAAACAUGAGAAAUUCCCUUCGUCCUCUGGCACUUAAUGAGCAGUAUUUUCUCGUUUUACAGAGCGCUCUGCUCGCUUCCAAAGCAUUCCAGAAAACCUGCAAAAGUGGCUUGAGCUCAUUAUUUAGUUUUAAAAACAGGAAAACAUGUGGUCGGCUUUUAGUGGUGAACCCUUGUAAAAUGACAUAAACGGUCUCUCUUUUGCCAAGGCUCUCUAAGUAUUCACAGCAGGUCUGUUUACUCCAAAUAGAAGUUCAAUGUUCCAGAGACGCAGUAACAUCAUCUGAAUUGGAUAAAGUAAUCAGAUUAAUCCAGUGGGAAUGGCACUAUAAAAUCUCAUUAUUGACUUCAUGUAGGUUUAAACUGUUUUCUAAUCUGCUCUGUUUUAUCUUAAACUCCUCAAACUACAUAAUGUGGCUGAAAACGCUGAAUUUGCAACAAAGUUUUGAACUAAUUUUCAUGUAACAGAGUGUCAGUGACGGAUCAGAUUUGAGCCCUCAGGCCUUUAACUGCGUCUGCUCUUUGAGCCUCGGAGCCCUCCUAAUCCAGCCGUGUUUUCAGAUGCCUCUCCGUUUGUUUUGUUUGAAUUUCACAUAAUCCCCCCCUGUAUUCUAAAGUAAUCACACUCUUUGUUGUUACUUUCAGAGAAAAAAUCCCGCCGCACAGCUUCUUACAUUGCACAGUGAUACAGAAUUUAGAAGAGGGCAUCAUUUUUUGUGUUUUGUAACAUCUUUUUUCACCAGCACUCCAAAGUCUGGGUCAUUUUAAUCUUGAUCUAAGUACGGAAAGAAAGAGUCAUGAUUUGUUAUGUUAUCCGCUCACCUGUGCAGUUACUGUGACUCAAAAUGCCUCUGUUUGGGUGAAACUGCACAUAGAGGAGUCAGCUCUACUUUUUUUAAUUGUGCAAGGCUGUACGUGGUGAGCUGGUGGAAGAUAAUGGUGCAAUAGCAGUUGAGGCAUUUGAUAUGGAGUUGCACUGACCAGCACCCUCCAGGCUUACUAAACACUUCCCGUUUGACUCUUUCUGAUGAGUCCACAGCCAAGUGUUGGAGGAAUUCCCCUUGAAUCACCAACAAAACUACACCCUAAUCUGAAAAAAAUGUUUUUGAGUCUUAAUGUAGUUUCAGGGGACUUGAGCUUUUCUCCUUUUAAACUUCAGUUUAACUGCAGCAGCAGAAAAAAGACAGUUUCAGAGCUUUUAUUUUGAAAUUAUCAAAUGAGAAAUAACCUGCUGUGCCACCAUGUUUACAGUGUUUAUAACUGUUUUAAUGUUUCCUGCAGAGAUGAUGGAUUUGUAGAGAGAACUCUUGGCCAUGGAGAUGCAGAAGCCCUGGAGGUCCUUGGUGGGGUCUGGAGCAGCCUGAGUGGCAUGAAGGCUGGAGGACAACGUCCAGCUAGCUGGGAGGACUGUGUCAGCUGGGCGCGCUGCAGAUGGGAGACUCUUUUUAACAAUGACAUCUGCCAGCUUCUGCACUGUUUUCCUGCUGAUCAGGUAAAAUCACCCUAGAGAGAAAACUCUCCGUAUAACCUGGGAAGAAAGGGUGUAGUGUUUCUCUUAUGCUCAGGGGGGCACUGUUGUGUAUGUGAAAUCAUCGCAUACCAAUAAAUUAAACGCUGCAGUGGGGUAUUGGGCACAAAAGGACUGUCAGUGAGUGUUUAAUUUUCACUUUUCACAUCAUGGAGUAAUACACCACAUCUCCCCUUGGGCUCAGAGACCACUAUUAGUCAUGUUUGAAAUCUGAUCUGGUGGUAGUUAUCACUGAUGAAGACCUCGGAGCAGCUCUGAGGGUUUGUAAUCUGGUGAAGCAUGCAGACACAAUGAUGUCACAUGUUGCUGUCACACCUGUGGGGGGGUGGCACGGAUCAGUAUCAACCUAAACAGACCCUCAUUAACCCCGGCCCCAGUCCGUCAACUGGUUGUUCUUUCCUCAUUAAAGUCCCUGAAUGGUUGGAGAAAUUCCCCUCACAAGGAACCGUUAUGGUAAAGCAGGUCAUUCUCUGAACAAUUCUCAGGAAAAACAUGUUUUUUGAAAAUUAUCAUCAAAUGAAAAAAUCUCAUGAGACUCAGUUGAAACCAAUUCAUACAGUGACAUAACAUGUUUGUUUAGCCUCAUAACUCUUUUACAGCUGUUACCCUUUUCUUCUCCUUUUUCUUUCCACACUUCUCUUUCUUGAACAUAAGUGUUUUGUUUGUGUCCACUCUGUAAGUCACUUUCAACCACAAACAUUUGGGGAACUUUGAUAAGGCAGCCAAAGUCAGUUAACGGUCACAAACCACAUGGGGAAUUAUGGUUACGCCAGAAUGACAGAUAACUGCAUAUUUGAUGUAAAUGCUGCCUCCUCUGCUGGGUGUGAGACUCCACAUAGUGUGUGCUUGUGUGUGUGCUUCUGUAUGUAGGCUUAAACUUAGACACAACUUAAAGUUAGACUGGACAGUACCAGAAGAGAUGUCUUGCAGUCCGACAAAAAAAUAAAAACACGAAAAGGUUAUUUUUCUAAUCUGAAGAUUUUAUUAGAACACUUUUUUUUCUUUUCUUAAACUAAUCUUAAAAGAAAUAAGCAAUACUGCUGCCAAUUUUCCAUCUGAAUCCUACGAAAGAGGAUAAGAGCGACAUCAAGAGGAAAAAAUAAUUACAGGAAGGAGAUUAAAGUUACAACGUUGACAUAAAAAAUCAAAAUUAUGUCAACAAAGUUCGAGAUUUAAAACUGAAAGAUCAAGAUUGAAGCCAAAACUUUGAGAUUACAAAAUGGCGAAUUGUUGUGAUAAUGUUGAAAUUUCAGGAUUGCAAAAAAAUUAACAUUCUGAGAUUCAAGUUGACAUUUCAACAUAAAAAAACUCAGAUUAUGUCGAUGAAGUCGAAAUUUUGAGAUUAAAAAUUAAAUUUCUAAAUUAAAGUCAAAUUUAAAGAUUACAAAAUGCCAAAAUGUCAUGAAUGAUGUCAACAUUUUGAGAUUAAAGUAGUCAUGAAUUAAAUUGAAAUUUCAACUUUUUAAAAUUUCAACUUUAAUCUCGAAAUGGAAAUUAAAAAAAAUCUCCCUCCUGUAAUUAUUUCCUUUUCUUCCUGUGGCCCUCAUCCUCUUUCGUAGAAUCCUAACUCUGAAAGAGAAACCAUCGUUGCUGCCUUUUGGCUACUUUAACAAAAUCACCCCUGCAGUGAAAAGCGGCGCCAGCAGUGGGAAACUCUCCCUUUCCCAGCAAUGUGGACCAUUUGGCAACAUCAAAGCUCUCAGCCCCUUUGUUCCUUUAUCAGACACACAAAUUGUGUUGUCAGCACACAACUGAUAACAGUAUUAGAGUAACUGUGUCUGAGAGGGUUGUAUACAUCCUGCUGUGUCACUGAAACCAAGAGGCUGAGUGUCUUUUAUCAAUAAAACACUGAUACUGUCUUGUACACUUAUUAUAUUUCCUUUGUCUUCUCUGUAGGUGACUCCUACUGGUCUACCUUUCUGGUCCGGUUCUAAGAGAUGCCCUCAUCCGCUGACCUUUGACCCUGACUGUGUGAGUUGUGUCUGGUUCCCUGCUUGAUUCAGUUGUAAUCCUGAAACAGUGCACACAGGAAUGACAGAAAAAUGCCACGGUGUUUGGUGAUGACCCCCUCACAUUCCUUCUUAUCUGCUCUAUCAGCGGCUCUUCCUCUCUUUGACCGUGCGCAGGAUUCUUAUCUGAGCCGUGAAAGUCUCUUAACCUGCAGACAGACAAUGAGAGGAGGAUAAAAAUCUGCUCACCACAUCUGUUAGCAGUUGUAAAAUUCAGGCUGAUUUUAACAGGCUCAUUAAAAUUGGUCUAAGGCUAAAAAUAGGCGACCAUGGCAGUGAGGAGUCAAGAUUUGGAGAUGUAUUUUAACUCUACGCUUCAUGGAGUUCACUCACUGUUAGCGUUUUGUAUUGAUCCCAGCUUCUGAGUGUUAUUUGGACUUAUUUUUCUUUUUACAACAUCCAUUUAUAUUCCUAAAGACACUGUUUUCUAUUGACUGUUAAGAUAAAACGAUAAAGGUUUGUUAGUAAUUGUUCUAUCCAACUCCGUCGUUUAGCCCACACACAUGGAUUACAUCAUAUCAGCAGCUAACCUGUACGGUCAGAUCUAUGGAGUCGAGGGAACAAGAGACUCCAAGUCCAUCAGAGACAUUGUGGAGAAAGUCUCAGUCCCAUCGUUCACUCCUAAAUCUGCUGUGAAGAUUCAUCUCACCGACAAAGAGAUGGAGGAGGACAAAGUAAAGGAUUGUGAUGAUGCCGGUGAGUUAUUUUCCCUUCGAAGUUGUGACUUUAAAUUCUGCCUGGCUUGCUUUUCUUUACUCUCUUUGUCCUUGUCCCAGAAAAAGCUCGACUGGAGGAUUUGAAGGGGAAGUUGGCCUCAUCGACUCUGAAAAAGUCAGCCAUGCAGAUGUUCCCCAUGGACUUUGAGAAGGUAGGGCAGGACUGUGAGUGACUCCUCUGCAGAAACCACAGACAGAGCGGCGGCUGAGUGUUAGCAGGAGGCUUCACUCAGAUCUGUGGAUGCUUUCACAAAAUGCCUUUUUUUUCUGGGUCCUCAGUGACCCACGUCUGUGACACACCACAGACAGCAUUCAUUGAACAGAUCCCACUUUAAUUCUGUCUUACCAGCCGAAGCAUCUUUGGACUUGAACUUAUAUUUGAAAAAAAAAGGGCAAAAAGAGUCAGCCAGCUCAUGUGGAACAGGUUUGUGAAAAAAAACAGUGAAUUUACCAAACCUGGACAUACAACACUAAGGGUUUUGUAGUAGGAGCACAUUGAGUUCUCAGCAUCUAUUUCACAUCAAGUCACUGUUACAGUUUUGCAACACUUAAUUUUUAAAAACUAUUUUUUUCCAGUGCAGCAAACCAGGUUCAACAUGUGGUUGUGAUCUGGGUGCCUCUGGUUAAGGAUAAGGAAGCAUAAGUCUGUCCUUCUGGGGAGUUAACGAAAAGCAAAAACUAAAUGCUACAAUCAAUGUCCACAAAAUAGAUAUUCUCCACAAAAUGUAUAUCAAAAAAGAGUUGGAGAUGCUUAUGAUAUACCAGUUGGCCACUAAAAGUUGGUCCUCAUCUAGGGAUGGGCGAUAAAUUAUCAUUCAUGAUAUAUCAUCAGAAAAUUCCUCAAUGAUAAAUAUUUGCCAUGUCAUGAUAAAUACGAUAAAUGCAAGUUGAUGACGUAAGUGUGAGUGAUGGACUCGUAGUCUUAGCCCACACAGAGCAGAAUAACAAACAAACAUGGUUGAAGGUGAUGAAGAAGACGUUUCUGAGCAGCUCUGACUGAACGAGGCUCCACAUGAGGGAAUUCAUUCAAGAUUGGGGGUUAGAAGAGUGCAGUCAGGUGUGCCUGAUAUCAGACAGUGGAUCUGCUGUUGUUCACUCUGUGCAACAAGAGUUUUCCACAAAUGUUGAAAAUGUUUUCACAUUUGAGACUGUGAUGUCAUUAAUCUUCUCAAUAACCUACCACUUAAACUUGUGGUUAAGUAUCUUAUCUACUCCAGCUGGUGUUCUCAAGACAAAAUGAAUCAGAAAUAUAGAUUGGAAUUAUAAUAUUUUUAAUUGAGACUUUUAUCAUUAUUGCCAGAACGGCAAAACUUAUUGUGAAAUUUUUUUUAGCCCAUAUCGCCCAUCCUUAUCCUCAUCACUUUAUUAAGUCUCCUUGACAUAAACAAGGGAGAUUAACUGAGCUUUUCUUUAGAGUGAUACAGAGGCAGCCUUAUGUUGAGCUGGGAUCCCCUGUGUCUAAAUGAAUGCUGUCUUUCGUGAGACAAAAAAAACAAAAAAAAAACAAAGGAGCAGGACUGGGCGUACUGGGAAAUAACUCCCCUCACAACUGUUAUUUUUGAAGUUUUUGUAGUUGUUAUUCAGGCUAUUUAUAAAUCAUGAUUCAUUUCAAACCAUUACUCAGAAUACUCCAGAAAAACAAUGAUUCUAAUAAAUAAGACUAUGUGUCGGCCUUAAUUUGGAAUAAAAGCACUUUUUGGUUAAGUUAUAAGUCGAUUUCCAUUUUGUUUAAUUGACUGCAGUUUGUUCAACCCAAAUUUGAAAGACGGAUCAAAUCAACAAUGAUACUGUAUUUUAAGCUGAACUAAGAGACAUCAUGUUUUGGCGAAGUCAGUAGCAACAGUAAGCAAAUGUAAAAUUCCUUAAAGAUAAGAGGAGAGGAGAGAAGAAAAGAAAAGAGAAGAUGAUACUUAGUCCCAUAGGAGGGAAUGCCAAAUUUACAGCAGCAUAGUUCAGAUACAAAAAGAGAAAAUUAAAGGAUAGAGUUAAAAAAGAUAUGUACAGGAGUCUUAUGUGCACAGAAUAUACAGAAUAAUAUGAUUUAUUGCACACUGAGGUUUCUGUUGUGGAGUCUAACAGCUGCAGGAAGGAAUGACCUGCGAUACCUCUCCGUCACAUACUUCCAUCAUCAUCAAAAUCAUGAGUAAUUAUGGAUGAAUUUCCUAAGAUAUACAUUUUGAAUUCUCCUCUGUUAAUUAAAAUAGAAAAAUAUGUCUUUCUAAUGAGUCUUUUAAUUUACCUGUUGACCUUUGACCCUCAAGUGAAGUCUGUGAUUUCCUCAGAAACCUUGUUAAAGGAGCGGGGGUCAUCAAAAUUCUUGUCUCCUCAUUAGUCUUUUCUGUAUUUUAAUGAGUGUGAAGGUGAAAGCAGACUCUGUUCAAACCUUUGACGCUGACGUGAUUACAAAAAUGCAGAAGCUAAUAGAUUUGUCAGAGAGACAGAUACUUGACUUCAGGCGCGCCGCACUCCAGGCUUAACAAAGAGCUAAACACAGUCCAGACAACACGCAGUUGCUGUAGCUGCAGAGGUGAGUGCAAGAGGAAUUUUUAGCCUGGAUGGUGAAGCACUCGGUGAUUUAGUAGACGCAGUAAUGACAGAGUAUGAGGUAACUCAGGUGAGUAUCAAAUAUCAUCUCCAAAAAGAAUGACAUCCCCAAACCACCGUGCACCCCCUCCUCUUUAUUUCCAUCCCUGCGCGCACGGGUCAGACUGAGGGUAGAUGGAAUGUGUGUAGGAGGGUUUUAGGUGCAUCGGGUUGCUCGCCAGGAGCUUCCUCAUUUCACCUGAAGGCAUCACUGAGUGACAGUCGCCUGGCUAGCCUUUGUAGAGCCGCGCUGGUAGAAGCAUGACCUCAGCGGCUGCGCUGAUCACAACAGAAAUCAGAUUUCCCGGGAUGACACAGCCAUGAUUAAGAAUGAUCUAAGAGAUGUAGAAAUAAAGGAUUUAAAGCUCAAAGCGGUCACAUGGAUACUCAUAUUUGGCACUCAUAUUGCUUUUUUUUAUAAGAUUGAAGCAUUUGUUUCAAAAUUGACCCACACAGUUGUUUUUUAAUCUGUUUGGCACAGGAUGAUGACACAAACUUCCACAUUGACUACAUUGUUGCUGCCUCCAACCUCAGAGCAGAGAACUACAACAUCCCUGCAGCUGAUCGGCACAAGGUUUGCUUUUAUUAACUGUGUGUAUCAUUUGAUUGGAUGCCUGAAACGGUGAGGUAAAUACGAGGGAUGAGGCUGCAGUAAGAGGCGGUAAAGAUUAGAAAAAAGGCUGAAAAUCCUGCACGCUGCUCCCCUCUCCCUCGGGGUCAUGUUUUUAGUUGGUGCUGCACACACCUGCCCCAAAGCCACAGAAGCAGCCUCCUCUCCUUUUGUUCCCGGGGCAGAACUAAUCACAGCACUUUACCUGUCGCCUGGGAGGUGACACCUGAGUCACGCCGCUGCAGCCACUAUACACACAGCCAAGACAGAUGGAGGAGGGGGAGGGUGGGUGCUGCUGAGUGAGGGGAGACAAUAGAGGGUCACCUUUGUGUAAUCACACAUGGAUUUCAACAGGUUUAAUCUUGUUUGGGCAAAGGACUUACUUUUCUCACUAGUUUUCACCAGUGAGUUAGUCUAUCAGGUCUUUACUUCAAAAUGCAUAAAGGCUUAAUGAGUUAUCAGUGCCAGUACGAUAAUAAAGGAUUUGUCAUAGGGGUGUCUCGAUACAAUUCUUUUGCUUCCGAUACGAUACCAAUAUUGUAGCCUUCAAUAUUGACUGAUACCGAUGUUGAUCUGAUAUUGGCACAAAAUUGUGCAUGACAAGUUUUUCACUCAGCUGCAAUGUCUUUUCGGACUCAAACAAAAAAUACUGCCACAAGGUCGACAUCACCCCUACUCCUUGCUACUUUGUUAGUACCUCAGUACACACUGUUGUUGUGAUCACGUGGGCUCUGCAUGCACAAUCUGGGUGCUGCUAGAUAGAGGUGUCGGAGUGGAGUCUGAAAUGGACUACUUGUAUCAGAGUGCUGAUAGCGGAGAUUUAAAAUUUAGGCCGAUAUAAUCCAAUAUUCAAUUUUUUACUGAUAUUGGACCAAAAUCCGAUGUCGAUAUCGGGACAGCCCUAAUUCGUCAGAUAUGCUUUGUAAUGUUAGACCUUCAUACUUUUCAUAUGUAAAACAUCAGAAUUCAAAUGAACUUGCUGCUCUUGUUGUCAUAGAAAAUAAGCGUUUUAAAGGCUCAGUAUUUCCAACAUAACAAAAUAAUUAAUAAUGAAUUUGACCCAAUUUUAUAACCAGCUGACAGCUGCUCACUAAAGCUUUAAGGGAACCACAAACCCCUUAAGGGUAUUGGUAACACUUUACUUGACACCUAUCUCUACAUCGCAUUAUAAAUAUAUGUAUAAUGUGUUACAAUCACGUUAUAGCAUUGUAUAACUAUAGUUAUAAACACUCAUAAAUGAUCAUAAUGUUUUAUAGUAAUAAUCAUAAUACAUUAUAAAGCAUUUUAUCAUGACUUACAAGUUCAGGUAUUACAAUGUGUUAUAACUGUUAUCAUCUCAUUGACAAUGCCCACAUAGAUAAUGCAUUACACAUAUAUUUAUAUGUUAUAACUUGCUUAUAAACUUGUAUAACUAUCAUUAUAAACACUCAAUAAUUAUCAUAAGGCUUUUUCAAAAUGAGCAUAACACAUUAUCAUACCUGACCUUGUAAGUCAUGAUAAAAUGCUUUAUAAAGUGUUAUGAUUAUUACUAUAAAACAUUAUGAUCAUUUAUGAGUGUUUAUAACUAUAGUUAAACAGUGCUAUAACGUGAUUAUAAUGAUUAUUAUGCAUUAUACAUAUAUUUAUAAUGCAUUAUAGAGAUAGGCAUCAAGCAAAGUGUUACCAGGAUAUUAUUUCAGGUCAGGACAUCUUGAGUCUUAAUGUGGAUGUAAACAACUUGCUGUAUGUUUUUUUAACAUGAACUGAGUGAACUCUCCUCCGUCUUCUCUACAGAGUAAGCUCAUCGCUGGAAGGAUCAUCCCGGCCAUAGCUACCACUACAGCCGCAGUGGCGGGCCUGAUGUGCCUGGAGUUGUACAAACUGGUGCAGGGUCACCAGAAGAUCAGUUCUUACCGCACAGCUUACUUCACCCUGGCUGUUGAGUACUUCGUGAUGUCCCAGCCGAGCCCACCCCGACGCUUCCAAGUGAGUAACAGCUUUGUGCACCCACACCCACAUUCAGGACCUGAGUGAUGCUCUUUAUACAGCCCGACAGACUCUUACUGUAUAUACAUUUAUUAUUAGAGUCUGUCUACUUUGGGGGUAAAUCUGUAUGUUUCUAUGGAAAUGAAUGUCCUUCCUCUUUGGCUGGAGAGCAUUAAGUCAUGAAUGAGUGCUCUCAGGGUUAGAGACCAUUGCUAACUGUCAAUCUCAAGUAUAUAAGCCCAGUCUUUAGCCAUAGCUCAGUGUAAUCCUCCGGGCCCUUCACUGCAGGUAGAGCACAAACACACCCACGUCUGCCUCUGUGUUUGCACAAGUAAAGUGAACUCAAAGAGACUGUAAUUUAAAGAAAAAAAAAGGACAGGAGCUUAUUCUCUUAAGACAGACUCCUUUAAGGAUCAGGUCCAGUCAAACGUUUGAGGUUACUGGGUUUGUGGGGUCAUACUGAGUUCUUUAUGCUGUAUCAGCCAAGCUUAAAAACAAAAACACAAAGUGGCUACGAGCCAGACUGGAAAGCAAAGCAGCGCUGCGGGUCACAUUUUAGGUCAAAGUUGUGAGGAUACACAGUGGAAAUUUGACUGUCUCCUUUAACGCCAGAGUACUCAGCGUCUCUCUGAUAUUAGAGCUGCCCUCACCAGCGUUCUCCCUCAGAGCAUCGAGCCCCUGACAGACAGGGGUCACUAGAGGUCGUCAAGUGGGGUAACUGUGUCCUCUGGGACGUGAGGGUGCUCUGACAGGGAGCGGUGAGACAGUGUAGGCCUGGUUUCAGCUUUGGUUACAGAAAUGCUGCAGCUGCAUUUAAGGCUGCUGUGAUGACAGAGGCAGCUGUGAGUUUCUGCGCAGAUCUGGAGUUCCUCGCAUGCCCUCAUCCUUAAACACAAAGACUGCGAUGUUCCCACAGUUGUUGCCUACGAUCUCAGUGAAAGUGUGUACAUUCGCUGUUUGUCUUUUCAUCUGUCCUCUAAAUGUCUCUGGCUGUAACACAAAAUUUACCACAGCAGCAGAAGACGUAGGAUGAAGUGUGUAACGUCAUCCAAGCCAGAGGGUGAAUAUUAUUAAAGUUUUGAAUGAUUAAAGUCAGAUGGAGAUGGGUUGAUGCAAUCUUUUCCAGACCCUGGCUUUUCCAGCAGGACAUGAAGUUGUGGAGUAUCAGCUUUUAAGAUCAGCUCAAGAGCAGAGAUAUCACACAACCCAUGGAAAAGGCUCUGAGGUUCAGGGUCAGGAAUUUAAGGGUUAGGGACAAAAUCCUGGAAAACUGAAUACCAGUGAGCACCAGUAACACUGAACAUGUGUGCUAUAACACUCAUACUCAUAGGAGAGGUGAGAUAGAGAUGGUUUGCAGCCAAAUCUUCAUUGUUGUUGUGAGAUGUGAUUUUUUAAAGUUUUUUUUCUCCUUUUUUGUGAAAAUAUAGUCAGUAUAAAUCAUUCGGGAUGGCCAUUCAAAAAGACAAGCCAGAACUAAGGAUAAAAUAGCAUAAGAUCAGGCAGAUUGGAGAAUUUUCAACUAUAUGUCUGUAUUCAAGUAAUACGGAAGACGAUUAGGGCCACAUGAAGAGUGAAAAAGAUAAGUGCAGGAAGAGAUUAAUAUCGAAAUUACAAGAUUCAGGUCAAAAUUUUGAGAUUAAAGAUGAAACUUUGACAUUAAAAAAUCCAAAUAAUGUCAAUAAAGUCGAAAUUUCGAAAUGAAAGAUUGAAAUUUCGAGAUUAAAGUCAAAAUUUCGAGAUUACAAAAUGUUGAAAUGUCGUAAACAAUGUCGGUGUUUCGAGGUUUAAAAAUUUUAAAUUUUGAGAUUAAAGUUGACAUGUCCGUUGUAUUCAUGUAAUUUUGAAGUUUUUUUAUCUUGAAAUUUCGACUUUAAUGUGAAAAUUUUGAUUUUUUCCAUUUAGACUUUUUAAAUUUCGACUUGAAUCCCGAAAUGGAAAUUUAAAAAAAAUCUCCCUCCUUUAAUUUUUUUUUCUCUUCUUGUGGCCCUAAUCCUUUUUCCUGGAAACAGAAAGUGUUAAUGUUCUGCAUUUAAUUAAAAAAAAAAAACAAUCUCCUCUAGCAUCAUUUAUUGUUCUUGAUAGCUCUCCUGCUCUCAGUAAAAGACCACAACUUCUCUUCUUUCUUAAAUAUGUGGAUGUUAAAGCCUGUGAUUUUGAAACAGCAGAUAUAAAAACAGCAGACCUGUUAAUUCUCUCUUAUCUUCCUAAUCUGUCCAACAUUAAAGACGGUUUUAUUACACGGCUUUUGAAGCGAAUGCAGACGUGCAGCUGUUAAAUAUCACUGAUCAGACAUGCAGUAUUAGGAGCUCAGCUUACUUUUGCAAUGCCUCCCUUCAUGAGAUCAGUCUCAGUUCAUUAAUAUCAAGUAACAACACUCAAAUCUCACUGGUUGCACUGAAAGCUUUCUCCAGUGUCUAAAGUGAUGCUUGUUAAAGUUCGUGUUUCUCUGCCCAAUCAGAUUAGGGACAGGAAUGUAAAUCGGUGUUAUCACAGCUCUGGAUUUGUGAUCCUCAGAUGAUAAGACAAAGUUGUUUAGAGUUUCUAAAGACAUGGCUGUGUAGCACUCUACCCACUAUCUCUCAAACGACUGUCAUUUACUGCUCCCUCUCUUAAUAUUCAUCCUUUUCCAGAAAUUGUUGCUUUAAAGCAGCUGUUUCCCAAAAUAGGAAGUCCCCCUGGCUUUCCCCCCUGCUGUUGCUAUUCUCUGUAUGGAGGCAGAAAUAUGUAAACAGAGGGCUGGCCUUGUCUGCUCAACACUACGGUUCUUGUGUUAUUGUUCUGCGGUUUUAGAGCAGAGGCACAGACCAUAACAGGAGGAGCGAGUUCAGAGAUAUGUACAUCUGAAACAGGUUAAAGACAUGUUUGAAAAUCUGUACCCAUCAUGAAAAGUUGCUUGUCAUAGUUCAGAUGUUUAAAAAAAAAGAAGUAUCCGCUGAUGCUUGCACAUUGUCACAUGUAGACUUUGAGUUCACUUGUAGCUUGAUGUAUAAACAACAAUCCAAUGACACUCAGAAAGUACGCUUAUCUUUAAAUAAAUCAGACAACCAACUUUACCAGGUGGUGAUGUCAAGUGUCGAUUGUUCUACUCCCACUAAGUGACCAAAAGAGAGAAAGACGAAUAUCUCUCACAACUGAGCAGCAAACUUGUUAGCUAGAAAAAUUUUCCAAAACUGUUCAGGGUUCCAACCAAAGUAUGGACAGUAAUUGAUCAAGUUCCAGGUCUUAAAGUGAUAUUCUGGCGUAAAAAUAAGUUAGGGUCAAACACACUGUAACAUCAAGUCUCCCUCGAGAGCAGUGUUGUUUUCGUCAGGCCUUGACGAAAAUGAGACUAAGACGAACGUCACCAAAGCUCUGUAAAGACUAAAAUGUGACGAAAAUUGUAUUCAUUUUCGUCAGAUGAGAACGAGACGAGACUAAAUUGUUAUUAGGUGGACGAACAAAGUUUCAAAACAUGCUUUUUUUUGUCCUAACAGUCACGCCCCCAUCACACACGCACCAAACGCCUCGCUCGCGCACAGCUGCACGCACAUACUCAUACACAUACACAGAGCGGCAGGUGGACGAGGCGCGCACCCACACACACCGUGGCGGGAGGCACAGCAGCGGUACCCGGUGGCUGAAAAAAGAGGGAUGAUUUUUGGUCCUACUUCAGAUACAGUCCAAGUGACAAUGAAACACAAUGUCUUGUACGGGGACGGGGAGACGAGACAGACGACAGUUGUGGAGCCACAGCUUCCUCAUGCUGCGGCUUCAAACUGUCGGGACAGAACACCACGAACCUUAAAAGGCACCUUUUUGUCGACUAAAACUAGACUAAAACCUUUUGAGUUUUCGUCGGACUAAAACUAGACGAAAACUAUCAAGGAUAGAAAUUACUAAAAUGGGACUAAAACGAAGAAGCAUUUCGUCAAAAUGACUAAGACUAAAACUAAAUCUAAAAUGCCUGCCAAAAACAACACUGCUCGAGAGAUGAAUGUUGCAGACUGCUUGCUUCUCUUGUUAUACCAACUUUUGUAACAACCACGAUAGCAAUACACAGCGGUCUACGUCUCCACGCGCACACAUCAACCAAAAAGCCACUCUAUAGCCACAAAUAAUGCUCAGAACAGCACCUAACUUCAUCAACAGUACAUAUAGGGUCCCAGCCAUAGCACUAGCCACCAAAAAUCUUUUAAACUUUGCCUAAUUUCUUAAGCAAAGAGACUAAACACAACUCACCCACUCUCUUCCAGCAGCCGCUUAUUUGUACAAAGACCUUGGGUGAGUCGAUCACCGAGUGCAGCGGAGUUUCGCAGCUCAAGGAAGAACAUUUAUGAUCAUUUCUUCAUUGAAAAGUAAUCAAACCGAGACACUAAGGUAGAAGAACUACUGCGUCUGCAGUCCAAAAUGAUUAUUAUGACGAUUAUUACUUCAAGAAAAUGAUAAAGUUAUAAUUAACAACAUAACAUUCAUCUCUCAAGGGGGUGUCUAACUCGAUGUUACAGUGUGUUUGACCUUAACUUAUUUUUACACCAGAAUAUCCCUUUAAAAAGUAUCGAAAAUGAAAGAUAAAGUAUGUAAAAAUGUUUAUGUUUACAGACUAUAACCAUAGUUCUAAUAUAUUGUUUCUAAAAUAGAAAAGUAGGUAAUUCCAGAAAAAAAUAAUUCUAAAAAGUUCGGUAUGAAAAAGUAUGGAAAUUCCAUCUAUGUAGGAACCCUGACUGCGACUCCCUGAAACCAAAUCAGACUUCUUAAGAUUUUACAGUCUAUGCUUCACACACACCCUCUUUACUAGUUAUGGAGAAAGUAGGACUAACAUCAUCUUAAGUCACAGACAGUGCAGAUAGAGCAGGCCUUGUUAAAGUAGAAAAGAUAACCUCAGGAGACAUUAAAGGAUAUUUCAAGGGCUGUAAAGAUUAAUGAAUGUCCUGCUUCUGCAGCUGCAUUUAAGCUGCAGCCUCAGUCAUACUCAGAGAGGAUCCUUGAGGCCACAACAGAGAGAGGACAUGUUGCAGCUGGGUUUUUUAAUAGCUCCAUCUUCACCCCCUCCAGCAGCCUGCCUGACUCUCUCUGUACCACUCUAUGCUGUCUUUACUUGUCUGUUAGGCAGCUUGCUGUCUGUGUGCCACACAGCUACUCCCUCUUCCGUGUCUUUGCACACAUCCUCCACACCCCGGUCCUAACUGCGUGCCCUUUCACGCUCCCUCGGUGCCCCUGUUCCCCAGCAUGCCCUUUUGGUCUCUAAUUGAAUUAGCGGGCUCCUGAUUUGUGGAAAGCCACUCCAAGGUCGAUGCUCACACUGCUUCUUUGUUAAUUGCCUGCAGAAAUGACGGCUAUUUCCUGCCUUCACAGGAAACUGUGUAUUGAAACCAGAUUUCCCAGCGAGAGCUACGUGAUCUUGGUGGAGGAGAGAGGGGAUUUUGUGUCCAUUCGUUGCACUGUCUGUUUUUAAUAUCUGCCAUUCACAAUUUGGUGAGCAGAACAAGCUGUCUUGAUUAUUUUUGCAUGUUAAUGUCUAUCAGAAAAUCAUGAAGCAAAUAAUAAUUUCUACUUCAAUCCAGGAGGGGCGUCUGAUAUUUAAGAAUUUAACUAAAACUUGCCGUUCCUUCAUUUGUGAGGUGCUUUUCUCUAAUUAAAGGCCUGUCAUACAAAAAGCAGGGACUUGCUUAAGAAGAGAAAUAAGACAACAAAAGGGGAGAUUUACCUCACAUGUGGUUCAAUCUGCCUCCUCAGACUGUGCCGGUAAAGAAAAAAAGGGUUAAACAUGAUCCUCAGCCCUCUGAGCUCCUCUGGGAGCUCUGGCAUGGAGCUGCAUUGUUCGGUUUGUAACUCAAGCCCCAGACAUGAAUAGUGCUCAUGGGAUAAUGAGUAAUCUGUGAUCAACACAGACGCCUUGUGCCUUCUGUUGUUUUCCAGGUUUUUUUUGUCGGUGAUGUUGUCGUGUAGGUUGGUUGACCUUCUGUUUCAGAUGUUGUCUGUUGUUUUUCAUCGCAUUGUUCCAUCACUGCUGUUAUUUAGUUCCUCUGAGAUCCUUAACUUCUCAUUUGUGUCAUCAAUGAUAAUAAAUGUCAGUGCGAUUGCUUAUUAUUGACGUCAGACCUAAGAAAAUGGCAGUAAAUGCUCAUAUGAAAAGUUGAACUCAGAGAUCGUGGGAAGUAAUUCAGUCAGAAGUGUUUGUUUUAGAGCUAAUAAACCUAGAAAUGAUUAUCCUUAUGUAACCAUUUACAAGAGUCAUCUCUGAAUCUGAAUUUGAAUUUAUUAAAGGAUGGCCUUUUGAGAUGUUGUAUCUCAUUUUCAAGGGGGUCCCUAAACAAACAUAUACAUAGAACUCAGGACACAUUACAAUACAUAAACAUACAUAACAUUAGGCUGACCAUAUUCUGACUUCCUAAAAAGAGGACACGACUACGCAGAGGCGGAGUCACAGAGUCACAUGAAGUUAUUUUUUAAAGAGUUUUUCGGGUUGGAUCAAGUGUCUUUUACGCGCUUUUAACUCAGUAAGUCCAUGUGACACAAAAUUGAAACUUACGUACAAAACCGCAGACAUUUGAAGGACUUCAUAAACUUUCCCGAACAAAGACGUACAAACCCAGACAGCCUCUCCAAAACGAGAACAUGUCCGGGUAAAAGAGGACGUAAUGACACCUUACAUAACAUAUAACAAAUACAGACAUCUUUCUCACCCUAGUCCCCCCAACCCCAACCAACAUACAAAACAUAUUAACAAGGAUAAAUAAUGUGAACAAAAAUGCAAAAAAAAAAAGUAAAGAAAAAAAAUCAGAAACAUGAGCAAUUUGUUUUGAGAUGGGAGUAUAGUGACUUUUUAAAGCAAUAAGAAAAAGUAAUAGAAUGUAAAGAAAGAGGCAGGUUAUUCUGACCUGAUGGGGCUUUAUGAAAUUAUGAAACAUUACCAUCAUAUGACAGCAGUGUAGUCUUCUCUGUCCUCUCCUUAGUCCCAGGUUUUUCCUUGUUUUUCUUCAGGUCUCUUGGAUCUCCUCUCAGUAUAUGGGAGUUAUUACAGGUCUCCACCUUCCUGCUUCAUUAUUCUCUCAUUAUCGUCCCAUGCUGGCAGGAGAAGGUCUACAGGUUCCUCAUUAUGGACAUUAGAUGUAAUUUUCUAGUCUGGUCCUGAUGUUAUGGGUUCACAAAUGAAGCCAUUAACUCUGAAUUCUUGAGUCACUCCGUCAUUCAUUUUUCUCUUUUCACAUAGAAGCUGUUACCUCAUACUUUAACACAAAACCUGCAUGCUUGGUACUCUGUAUACGAUGAGAAUGUCACAGGUGGUGUGAAUUGUGUCCUCUGCUCUGAGAGACGCAGCAGGACAGUCUGUCUGCUCGCUGUGACUGUCAACUGUUCUGGCUAAUCAUGUAUGCUGUGCACAUGAUGUACUGGGUAACAACAUACACAUGUCCUGGUUUAUGUGAUUGGAAACAGACUCAAAAUAACCUUUAACUGGUCUUUAUAGGGAAUCAUAAAAAAGAAGAGUUUGUGUUUAUUCACAGGCAGAAACUGUAGGGUUAAUAAAAACUCCUGAUGGGUGUCAAUCUCGUCUUUUAUCCUUAAACGAAUAAUAGUUUUGUCUUCAUUUUCUUUGUAAUAGUUUGGACAGGAACUGGCACCCUGUUUGGCAAGGCUGGGUGGCUGCUUAGUCAUGUUAAGAUCCACAGCUGAAAUCCAAGUCAGCGUUUAUCAUUAAGGAACAAACGGAUCACAAGUCACACUGAGUAUGAACGUCCACGCCAUCCAUCAGUGAUAUUUCAGUUAGGAGCUAAGUGGCUGAUAAUGAAGUUGAACAGUUCAUUAAGUGAUAACAUGCCUUUAAAUAAGGAGCAUAUCUUCUGCUGGAUCAUGGUAACUGCAGUUUUGUUAUUGAGAAAAUAAAUGCAUGUCUGCUGUGUCUGUGUCUGACGCCAGAUAAGCUUAAAGAUUGUGAACAGCUGACAAGGUUAGGACAUCACAUUGAUCCGCAGAUGUCAAUAAAUUGCUCCAAUGAUCGAUACACAGCAUUACGAUACAAAUAACUAAAGAGCACGACCUUUGGUUAUUUAAUCAUUUAAUCAAUACUACAAUGUUGGAUGGAACAACACUCAACAUGUUUUAUGCUCAGUGCUGGAUGUUUUUUUUAACUGAGUGAUGGCUGACAAAUUUGCAGGGACUAAGGCUGUGUCCGAGUUCUGCACUGUAGACAGGAAUGAACAGUGUGAGCCAUUGCAGCAGUAAGAUUGAAAACUGCACAAGAAUUAUAUGUUUUCUGUUGUUUUACACAGGAAGUAUUCUAACUGAAGACAUGAAAGUGCACUUAAUACAAGAUCGUAAAGACCUUUUUUGAGUUUUCAGAUAUUCAGGAACCUGGCACAGAAAGAGAACCAGUGAAUUACAGACAGAAAAAAUGCUUAGAUUUAGAAAAAAAUGGCACAGAGACCCAUGAAAGAGGAUUAGGACCACAUAAAGAGAUAAAAAUUAAUUACAGGAAGGAGAGAUUCAAGUCAAAAUUUAGAGAUUAAAGAAAUCAAAAUUAUAUCAAUGAAGUCGGAAUUUUUAGAUUAAAAAUUAAAAUUUCAAGAUUAAAGUCGAAAUUUUGAGUUUAUUCAUGUAAUUUUGAUUAUUUGUAAUCUGGAAAUUUCAACUUCAAUGUCAAAAUUUCAAUUUUUUCAUUUUGACUUUUUAAAAUUUCAACUUUAAUCUUGAAAUUUUGACAUAAAUUUAAAAAUGGAAUUUAAAAAAACCUUUCUCCUGUAAUUAUUUUAUUCUCUUCCUGUAGCAUUAAUCCUCUCUCGCAGAGACCCAUUUUUAUAUGAAUGCCUUCAAAGCGUUUCUUUUAUAAGUGAUUGUUGUAACUGCACCUCUGCUGUGUGGGUGUCUGCGCAGGCUCCAGCAUGUCAGUGUCCCAUUUGUAAGAGGAGCAUUUUAUUGACUCGGUCCUCCCUCCCGCCCUGGGUCAUUUUCAGUCAGGUGAAGUGCCGUUAUCUUCUUAUUUUAAAGACAAUCACAUUGAGGCUGUGUUUGCUGUUUUACACGUCAAUGGAAGUCUUUCAAAAGGAACAGCCUGCUUUUAGUCUGUGUGUCAAACUCGGCACUCUGCUGAGAAGUGUCUACAGGCUGCUGAGCUGCACCUUAGUCUCCUCCCCCCACGCUGCACCACUUAACCAGAAGCAAUCCGUCAAAACAUGCAAUUUGAAAUAUAAGGAAUCUUUAACACAUAUUUUAUUUUUUGUGUCUUUGGGCUGAAUGUAAGGCGGGUAUAAUGGCAAUUAUCUGGAUUGUAAGGAAGUUAUUGACAUUAGCAGUUGGAGGUCCGAGCCAUCUGUUUCUCUGCUGUGGUCCAAAGAGAGUGAUGAUCAAUAGUGAUCAGGUAGCAGAUGACACUCCCGCUCAGACAAAAGGCACACUUUACAUCACAGUGCUAUUGUCCUUUUGUUUAAAAAAAAAAAAGACUAUUCAGGAAAACACAAGCAAACACGUCCCUGCAGACAAACUGUAGUUUUAUGGCUCUUAAGGUUAGCUCCAUCAGAUCUCAGUCAAAGAUGAUGUUCCCUUAACCUGUCUGCAUGACUUAGUCAUGAUUGCACCACGAUGACACAUUUACAGUCACAAGAGGAAGCUUUUGGAGUAAAGUACUGAGAUUGAUGCGGGACAGCAGAGGAGGCAUUUCUGUUAUACUGCAUCAAAAUUCAGCCAACAAAUCCCAAUCAUUGAUCAAACUGGCAGGUCCAACUUCUCAUUGUGUAGAUAAGUAAUAAUCACAGAAUUGACGCCCUAAUGUUGCAGUGUCACCCAUCAAAAAGCAAACAUUUCAAUGUGAUGUUAUUGGCAGCAUCAGUGCCAUCAACCUUGGCUAUGUGCUGUAAAGGAAAGCACUUUAAUACCAGAUGAGUGAAGCGGGAAUUGAUUGUCCUCUUAUGUUUCCAACAAUGUUCUGAAACUUCCUGGAUUCAGUUUUAAAGGAGGGUGUAGCCUUUGUUAUGCAAUACUUUUAUGUAAUGCCUUUGUGAAUACAACUGUCCAAAACUAUCUAGGAUAGAAAAUGAUAGAAAAGAAAGCUUCUGGUGUCAUUAUUAAACAAAAUUCAAACAAGCAGCUUUACCUUUAAAUGAACAAGAAUUAGAUUUCCACACUAACAGACACCAUGCAUUUAGGUGAAAAGGGGGAAAAAGUAUACAGUGCCCAAGAUAAGUCAGUACACCCCCUGUUAAAAGUAAUGUAUUAGCCAAUAUCUAGAUGAGCAAAAGUACAAUUUCCAAAGUUUGGACAAAGCUUAGUUUAACUUAUUAUUUUAUUUACCAUAAGAUGAAAAUAAGGGUGAUCUGGUCACCAAAAUUUAGCUUUGCUUCAAGAACGUCGAUUGGUGUGUACAUAUUUUUGCAUCCUGAUUUUAAAUUGAAAAACAUACUUUUUUGUAUGCAACUUAAAAAAUCUUGUUUGCAAUCAAUGGCCUACAUAUGGGGGAGUAUUUUGUUGCGUAGUCUGGCAUAGAAAAUGUUGAUUUUGAAAGGAAACUAAAGGUUUUCUGACAACUCUGAAGGGGUGUAUUCAUUUAUGCUGAGCACUGUAUGCUGCAUUGCAAGAAAGUAUUGCUUGACAGAUGGUAUAUUAAGUUAAAAGGAUCAUUUAUUCCUGGAAAAUAUGCAGAGCAAUCUUAGAAAAAAAGUAUUGCAGCAUUCAAAUGUGAUGUCUAGAGUUGUGUUAUUUUUGAAUGACCAUAAAAUUCUAAUAUUGGGAUCAUUUUUAGUAGUUUAAGUGCUGAAAAAAGAGACAAUGCUCUAUAAACACGGCACAUUCAUCUAGUAUUGCCAUAAAGUUUGAAUCUCAAGGACAUGUUGGAAAAGUAAGCAGAUUUUCCACAGAGUCAAAGUAAAGACAGCCUAAAGAGAUUAAGAUAAAAAUAUACUCUUAAAAGACCGCACAGUUCCCCCAUCUGCCUCCUGUAAAGCUCUCUUUGAAGCCCUCUGAAGGAAAAGUGUUGCCUUUGAAGAAUCAGGCCUCCAGCCACACUGGGUUGUAAAAAUGUUUCCACUGUUGGGAGUCUGGCCAGAAAUUGAUGCUGAGGCUGGAGUGUGCCUCGGCUGUGCCGUUUCUUGUGGCAGACUUAUCAAGCUUUGCCGAUUGAUCUCAGCUUCCUGGCUCCAAAAAUACGUGAUUGUCCCAAAGGGCAAGAUUGAAAACUUAAAUCAUGGUUAAACUUGGCAUGCAGUGACCUGUGCAACAUGACCAGCAUGCUCGUGUUCCUGAAGGGGGUCACAAUCUGACUUCUAUUCAUACUUGCACCUUAUCAGGUUCAUUUGGCUGAACUUCCUCCAGUUGAACUACAUUCCCACGUCCUCAAGUAUAUCUGCAGUCGCAGGCGUCUAUUUUUGGGUCCAUCAAUCACUACCACUUGUUAUCACAAGAGACUUUAUUGUGUUUCAAGUCCUGUGGAGCCUACCACUCUGUAGAGCCUCUUACUUCUCCGGGAUCCAGAGCACAGCGAUCAGAACGCUAACAUCUGUACUUAGAGCUGGAUCUUGAAUGUGAUCGAAAGUAUCAGAAUUUGGCAGCCAACGCCCAAGGGAUAAAUGAUAUAUUUUUCCUUCUGCUCUUUGCUGAGUUUUUACUUCUGAGUCCUGACUUUGAUGAGUUUUCUUUAUGUCAGUAAUCCUCCGAAUCCUUUGUGACUCAAUGAAAAAAAAUCUAGAUAUUCUAAGUUCUUCUUACCUUCAAUCAUGUAAUUCUGUAAAAGUUAGAAAAUUGUCCACACUAAUGGUUGAAGGAAGUUCCUUUUCGAUGCCUUUAUGCAGAGGAUGGGACAAUGUAUGGAGGAGAAAACUGUCAAGAGAAGUGGGGAUGGGGUGAUUGGGUUUGGGAUGAUUUCCCAUAACUGACAGGCUCCAAACCAUAGUGUAACAUUAGCGUUAAAGGGAUAUUCCGGCGUAAAAUUAAGUUAGGGUCAAACACACCAUAACACCGAGUUAGACACCCUCUCAAAAGAUGAGAAUGUCAACAGAGAGAACGCUAAUAAAUGUUCUUCCUUGAGCUACAGUCUUUAAUGGACUCGUCCGAAGUCUCAAUCCAAACAAAUGGCUGCUGGAAGAGAGUAGGUGAGUUAUGUUUAGAUCAGGCAAAGCUAAAAAGAUGUUUGGUGGCUAGUACUAUGGCUAGGAACCUAUAUGUACUGUUGAUGAAGUUAGGUGCUGUUCUGAGCAUUAUUUGUGGCUAUAGAGUGGCGUUUUGGUUUAGGUUUGGGUGUGGAGACGUAGACCGCUGUGAAUUGCUUUCAUGCGGUCGUUACUUAAGUUGGUAUGACUAGAGAAGCAAGCGGUGUUAUGGUGUAUUUGACCCUUUAAAUGUUAAAUAGUUUUUAAAUUGUGGGGCCCAAAGUCCUUGGUAUUACCCUAGUUGUUUGUGAACCCAGGCUGCCUACUUAUAAGGCUGUAGCCUACGUUGAAAGGGUGUACGAUCCAACUGCUCAGCCAAAGCAGCACCUCAUCAUCAUGGCCCUACUACUACUACUACUACUUUAGUGACAGUGUCAGUGACACUGACCUACUUUAGGUCAGCGUCAGCGCAGCAACAUCCAGUGCUCAAAAUUAAGCCAAUGUGGAAGUGAAAUAAAUUGCACUUCCUCAGGUGUCCACUUGAGGCUUGCUCCAACAGCCCAGGACUUGUUAUCACAUCCUCACCUUUUAAUUUGCAUUCGCUGUACUGGGUUGAAUUUUCCUUAAUUCAUCUGUCAAACUGAUAUUAAGGUUAAAGAAUUAUACCUGUACAAUUCAGGGUGCUGCUGACUUGAUUGACGGAAGCAUUUCAGCCAUUUGUUCUCUCUUUUUUGAGGGGGCUGACUGGCCUGUCCAGAGUUUAUAAAAUCCUUCAAAUGUCUGGGGUUUUGUAUGGAAAUUUUGAGUUUGUGUAGCAUAGACUAACUGAGUUAGAAGUGCAUAAAAAACACUCGACCUGAAAAACUCUCAAAAUUUACUAUGCGUGACUCCGCCCUGUGUAGUAGUGUCAUCUUUUUGGGGAUUCAGAAUACGGUCACCCUAACUUAAACCCUGUCUGACCUCCUCCUCUUAACCUGUAUCUGAAAUGAUUGAUAUGUGGCGCUUUUUUAAGAUGAUAUUAAUUAUGAUGUUUUCCUGGAAGCUGUUUCGGUCCAGAUCUCGUGUUUUCAGGAAGAGCUCACCAGGUUUCCUGUAAACAAAGGGAAGCAGCUUGAUGUUUGGACUGCUCUAUUAAGAUGUUAGGGAAGCACAUUUUUAAUAGGCCACUGAAGGGUGUGACGAUGCAAGCUGGUGGUUAUUCUUAGCACUAGUACUAAGCACUAAUGUGGAGUUAUAUAUCAGGACAGGACUGUGAGAAAACUACAAGGGGAAACUGCUCAACACUUAAUUGUUGAAGUUAUUUCUGUCAUAUUUCAUGAAAAGAUGAUGUGAAUGCAAAAUGGAAAGGGUUGUUUAUGUAUAAAGUGGUGUGCUGCAUCAGUGAAACUAUGACUAAUGUAGAGAAAUGAGAACCAGUUAAUACCAGUGUCCUUUUAUUGUUUUUGUAAAGACCAGCUGUGUCAUGUUUUGGAGGGAAGCUGAAAAAAAACAGAACUGAGUUUGUGGAGCAGAUUAGAAAUUUGGCCGUCCUCCAACAUCACGGCACAGUUUAAACUUACAUGUCCGCUGCUGUGGCUUUGUCCUGAUCGAGCCGUGGAGUGGUCGUUUGUUUCACCCUCGUCCUCUGAAGUUAAGAGCUGAACCACCCAGAAUCCUGACUGCCAGAUCUGCUUUAUGUCCAAACAGACCUUUGGAUCUGCAGAUUCCAGUGAGAUAUGACUACUUGAACACAGCACACAUGUAGUAAUAUAAUAAGAGUAAUUGAGGCUUUCAUGAGAUUUUACUAACUGCCAAGUGGGGGACUCUUAUGUUUCUUUAUCACUCCAUGGCUCAUUUUUUAUGUCUACUUCCAGACGUGUAGUUACUUACUUUUAAUGUAUUUUCCAUGAGCCCACUAAAAAAGCCGCAGCAUUACAUCUCUGCUAGUGCAGCCCUGAUUUUGUGCAGCUGUGAUUGGCCUCAAAGUACCAUCUGGCAGGGAUUUGUCGUCAACAUAACAGGUGACCCCAGCAGACAGGAAUUCUACCUUCUAACCCAAAGAUAGCCUGACCCAAAUUUGAUACCGCCUACUUAUGUGACAUUGAAGUUAAUACAGCUAGUUCAAACCAAGCACUUUGAUUGGUGCAGAGCAGUACCAUAAGUGUUGGCGUAGAGCACAGGGACUUAGACCAGAGUGCGUCACUCCUCUACAGAUAUCUUGAAUUGACUGAUUUUUGAAUUUACAAGCCACUGUCUUGUGCCUGUUCCCAAUCACACCAAGGCACUGGUUUAAGUUGAAAAAAUAAAAGAGUAAAGAAAAUAUUCACAUUAACUAUUUGUUUUAUUGGUGAUAAAAUACAUUCAAAUGUUCCAACAUCAUGACCCAUUCUUAUAUUCAGUAUGACAGCUCCCCAUCUUACGUAACUCAAAAGUGGUAAAACCAAAGCUUGUUUAUUUUAUAUAUGCCAGAGGACAGAAGGGUAUUGCACCCAAAAAACAACAACAAAAAGCUCUGUUUUUCAGGGUCAUUUCUUUCUUUAUGUUCUGUUCUGCGGACUGAUUUUUUUUUCUAUUUUUCAGAUUUUUUUUAUUUUUAUUUUUUUUGUCUUUUGUGUUUUUCAGACUAUUUUUUUUCUUUUCUUUUCUGUUUUUCUGACCUUUUUUUCUUUUCUGUUUUUUUUUUAAUAUUUUUUUCUUUUCUGUUUUUUUUUUUAAAUAUUUUUUUCUUUUCUGUUUUUUAGACUGUCUUUUUUGUUUGUUUUGUUUGACAGACUUAUUGUUUUUCCUAUUCUCUGGGUCAUGAUCAUUCAAAAACAGAUGCUUUCAUCCUCCUCUGCUCGAUUUAUUGGAAGCAAACAUGUUAGUUUAAUCAAGUUUUACUUUCUUUUGGGUUUGAGACACUGAGAGACACUCCAUUCUUUAAGUCAGAUAGAUAGAAUCAUCUCUUUCUGUAAGUUAAUGCAAUAUGCUUCCAUACCAUAAAAAAUGAUUUUUCUUGUAAUCUUUCUCAAACAAUAAGUCUCUGCUUCAUAUUUCAUCUCCUUCCAAAGAUAAAACUGUUUUAUCAGCCAUUUAAGUGCCUUUAAUUGUGCCACAACAAAACCGAUACUGUAGUUGUGCUUGUGGGAACAUUUAGUAAUUGUUUCCAGCAGACACUUUGGUUCCACCGUUCCUGCUUUAACCCCCCCUCCUGCUAUAGUGUUGUAUAGUGUUGAAAAGCUGACGUCACUCUACACACAGACUGAUUGGAUAGUCGAUCUGCAUCAGGUUCCUACUUGAGCUGUGCGACAGAUAUGAGAGAGAGGAAGGGAGGGGAAGGGAGUAAAAAUAGCCCAUGUGUUGGCUAUGCAUUGUGUAAAAUAGGCAUCUAAACACAAAAGCACUCAGGGGAAGUUAUAGCAUGGAAACACUCAACGACAAAAGUUAUUUCACAAGAAACAAUACAUUUACAAGGUUAUUGAGAAUAUGCUUUGUCAUUGUGUGAACAUUUAAGGCUUAGUUUUCAGCACUGAUAAUUCACUUCCAGCGAUCAGCGGUAAGAUUUGCAUUUUGCAGACAAACUGUCUCUUGACCCAAAACCAGACAGAGCACCAAGACUCCCGUCAGGCGGGAGGAGAAGGUUGCCUCCAGUGUGUCUUCAUAACCCCAAACUCUGUGAGUGGUGGGAGUUUUGAGCACCAGUUGAAAAGUUCCCCUUGGCUGCUGGAGCAGAGAUAAUUGGACCCAGGUUUAGCUGGAGUCUUGGUAUUCGCAUCUCGAGCCAAGUUUUGUUCUUCACUGCGUUUCUCAGCAGACAGCGCCUGUGCGAGCAGGGCCGUCUGACCGUGUGACAUAUUUUGACAUUUUUUUCUGCAUGUGAGGAAUCCUGACCCACAUCAGGUCGGGUCAUGUUUUUUUUUUGAGUCCUGUUGAGAGUGAAUUUGUUUAGAUUCAUGUGAUAAUUGUUCAGUGAUAGCAGAGAUGGCAGACUUUGAAGUUUGCAAAGUUGUAUUAAAUCAUCUGGAUGUCCCACCCUUUCCCCCUUAAACAGUUUACAGACAAUUUAAUGGUUUAUACAUACAUGACAUAUGGUGUAAAAUGGUCGCUUUGUAUAAUUCAUUCAUUAUUUUGACAAUCUUUGUGAUAGUCCCAUAAGUGUCUGCUUUGCUCAAAACCGUGUCGUAAUUCUGACAACAACAGUGUAGAUCCGAUAGGUGAUUUUGAGGAAAGACGAACACACCAAAAAACUUUUUUGACUCACCUUUUUUUCACAAUGUUUUCUUUUCUUUAUUUUACAGUUUUCCAUUGACACACAUACAACUUCCAAACAUAGACCCCCUCCCCCAAGGCUCUUAAACAAAAAAUUAAUUAAACUGAAAAAUACAAAAAUAGUCAGACAGUGACUUCUUCAAAGAAUUAUUGUUUUGAGCAUGUUAUAAAGUGGUUCUAACUAUCCAAUACAACUUCAGAUGAUCAUUGAAAAGGAAAACCUUCUAAAAAUUCUAUAAAGGGGCACCAGGUAAGGGUGAAGUUUCUGUGGGCUUUUCAUACUUUCUAUUUCAGUUUCUCUAAAGGUAAAAAAGACAGAACAUCCCUAAACCAUUGUAGAAAUGAAGGAGCUGAAUUUGAUUUCCGGUUAAAAAGUAUGAGUCUGCGUGCAAGCAGGGAAGCCAAUGCCAGAGCAUUUACCUGCAAAUUUGAGACAUGGAUGGAUGGAUGGAUGGAUGGAUGGAUGGAUGGAUGGAUGGAUGGAUGGAUGGAUGGAUGGAUGGAUGGAUGGAUAGAUAGAUAGAUAGAUAGAUAGAUAGAUAGAUAGAUAGAUAGAUAGAUAGAUAGAUAGAUAGAUAGAUAGAUAGAUAGAUAGAUAGAUAGAUAGACACCUUAUACUAUAUAAACAUGACCAUAAGGCAGUAGUGUAGUGCAGCUUUACAAAGGCAUAGUAAACAGUGCAACUGGAUGCAGAAGUGCAAAAAAUAAAGAUGCUGCUUUAUUGUUCAUGGAUGGGAACAUUGUCCUUUGCAGCCUGGAGGUUUAAAAUGACUAUGUGAUAGUGAGGUGUUAAAGUCUGACCACAGAUUUUGGAAAAUACAGGACUGUUACAAACUGUACAAAGUGUUUUUUUAAGAAGUAUUUGGUCAAUAUAUGUUUUUUCUAAAGCUCAUGUGAAGACCUUUCAAAACUAAGAAUUUUAAAUGUGUCCUUUUGGUUUAAAAGAAAUCAAUCUAGCCUUACUGAUUGUACUGUUCAGGGUUGUGUGAGGUAGUUACAGCUGACCCCAGGGCUGCCAUUAGGAGAAAGGUGGGUUUCACCCUGGUUAGGUCACCAGUCUAUCACAGGUUUGAUACUCAGAGACAGACAACCAGACACACUUACUUUGGCUGAUUUGGAGUUGCCAGUUCAGCUAAUGAGCAUGUCUGUGGACUGUGGGAGGAAGCUGGAGUACCCGUGUUGAACCCAUGCAUGUAUGUGCAGAACAGAGAAAAGUACCCUGUGAGAUUUGAACCAGGAACUGUCUUGGUUCAGGUCACACUACACCAAACUGAGGGGAAAAAAACCACCCCAUUGCCCAGAUUGUCUCUACUUGAAGUGUUGGAAAAAUUCCCAGGUUGUUAUUUCACUGCCUGAAGCAGCGUUUUUCUGAUCACAUAGAUUAGUCCGCCACAUUUCAACCUUGUAGUUUAGUCUUACCCACACUGGGCUGUCGCAGCUGCACUAAAGUAGAUGAAAACUUGAGAAAAGCAAGAGAUCUUCUCCCUUAUGUAAGAGGAAGCAGCUUCUUGACCUCAGUGCAACUUGUUGAGGUCUUUACUGCAACUUUCAGAGGACUGACGAUUGUUCUCAGCUGCUCUAUAACACAGUGAUGAAAAAUGAAGGCCCUCUGUCUGUGAGUAUCCUGGGCUCUUGUUAUGGGGCCCAGACAUUUUCACAGCAAGAAGUACUUCAUCCAUCAACUGCCCGUUUCUGUGGGUGUAUUUAUGUGUUGGCUUGUGUGUCGUGUCUAUCCGCAGAUCGCAGGAAAGAAAUACACUCUGUGGGAUGACUUCCUGGUCGAGGGCAGACUUGGCGGUCAGCAGGAAAUGACCCUGGGAGAUCUGCUCCGGUAUAUCAAGGUAUGUCCCCCCUCAUUCCCUCAGAAAGGAAGCACACACUUUCUCACACCCAGUGCCACUGAGUGCAAAAUUUAUGCAUGUUUUUUUUUCUCUCUAAACCUUUUCACCUCCCUCCAGUACACACAAUGCCCAUUGUUUGCAUGAUUGGCCACUUUACACCUUCCAUUCACAACUUUGGGAAUCUGGUCUUAAAUCCUGGAGGAAGGUCAGGGUGUUGCUGUUGACUGUAAUCCAGUUUUUGCACAAUGAUUGAAUUUUUUUUCAACAAUUCAUACUCAUUCACCUCUGUAAUUAUGGUUGGUUUGUUUGCACUGCAAUUCAAAAAAACCAAACAAACAGUUCAGCUAAGUGCUCAUUUAAACGGUUUCGCUUCAAGAUGAGUAAAAGAGCUGGCAAAUGAAGUUGUUUGUGAAAUCGUCUGAAUGACUCAUAUCUCCUAUUAUGUACUUUUGCAGUAACUGUUUGCAACCCGGUAACUGAUGCAACUUCAUCUUUACAAUUUGUUGUUUUUAAACAGUGUUUUUUCACUAUCUGAAGUUGUUGUGCUGAGUUCAGUCAGCCAGCUGCUUGUGGUUGCUUCAUUUUUUGCAGGUAGACAUUAGAUUGAAUCAGUUCUCAAAUCGAACUUUAGGCCAAGAGAGAUGAAACUGAUUUGCAAAUAUGCAGGGAUUGAAGGACUGCUAAGAUAUUCUGCUCAAAUGAAACUAAGGUUACUUAAAUGAAAUUUGACUCAAGAUGUCAAAAUACCAGCCUGUGGAUCUACUCAAAAAAGUUCAAUGUAAAACUAACAGAAGACCAGAAAUGUGUGAAGUGAAUUUAUAAGAGUUUCACCAAUUUAGGUUGAAGUUAUCUAUUGUUUUUGUAGCAUCUUUCUCCUUUACUGCACUGAGACAGUCCUUCUGUAUUUGAAGUACCAUGGGUGUAGGACGGCUAAAUGGUGACUAAAAAUCAGGUUGUAGGUUGCUGUCUCCCUUACUGUUGCAGCAAAUGUAACAGGGUUAAAUGUAUGUUAUUUUUUAAAUAUAAUUACCAAAAUUAUACCUGUGUGUUUUUAUGUUUGAUUACAGAACUUUUUUUUGUGAAAUUAAUGUAUUUUUAGGUGCAGCCUCCCUCUUCCUGUUGGUUUUUUCUUCGUUAGUUUCUUUUCCUUUAUAUUUGAGUCUUAACUUCUCCACUUUCUGAUUGUGAUCCCUGGGGGAGAGGAGUGGAGGCAGGCUGCAGGGCUGUGAUAAAUUUAAGGUGGUUUCUCUUUUCGUUUUGUUGCACAGAAUAAAUACUGAUAAAAUCCCACUGGUGUCUUCACAUAACUACAACUCAGAGUCCCACCGGUUAAUUUGUAAAAAACUAUGUUUUCCUUAUGAGUUAGUAAAGUAGGAAGGCUGAACCUGCGGAUACAUUUACAGUUUUCUUUCUGUGAUUUGAGCUGAAGUGUUUCAGUUUGACUACUCAGGUCAAAGAGGUCAGCCAGUCAGCUGGCUGUAAAGCUGUUGGUAAAAAGACCGUCUAUUGCUCUUCAUUUUUUUCUUUACUUAGCAGCUAAUGCUACUGAAUAUGCUGUGAAGCGCAAUACUUGCCAAAGAACAUAAUUUCGUAAUACUGAAAUGACUCAUUUCAAAAUCUACUUGAAAAUAUCAAACAAUUCAAAAAGCUACUCUCUUACAGUAACUUCAGUACAGUCAAAUAUUUGCUUUUCUGCCUCUGCCAAAUGUACAAACCUUCAUGAAAACUAGACUUGUUGACUGACAGACUUGCACUUUCAAGGGUAAACUCACUAAAAGAAGUUUAGAAAUACACUUAAGUAAAAUGGCCAAAAGACAGGGAAUAAAACAAGUCAGCAGCAGUCCAUAUCAGUGCAAUACAGCAAGAUACAGUACUAUAUGAUAUGAUAUGAUAUGAUAUGAUAUGAUAUGAUACUGCACUAUGAUAUGAUAUGACACACGUGAUAGGAUACGAUACGAUGGGAUUCUCAAUUAGGAAGUUUGCCAUUGACUCAUCUCAUGUUUUUAAGUACAUUAUAAUAUAAUAUAGGUCAACUGGAAGCAGCGCAUGUGAGCACAUGAUUCGCUUCCCGUUUUUUAUUUAAAUUUUUGUAAAUGUCUUCCUGCCCCGAACAAAAGUUUGGCUUUGUAUUCAGCUCAAGUGUUUUUUUUUUUCUAAAGGAGAAAAUGGGAGAGAAAUUGGCAAGUCAUUUUAUUCACACCAGAUUUUGUUUAACCUUUGACUGCCUGGGUUCCCCCUGCUUUGUUUGUAGAGAAUGACGGGCUUCCUGAGCUGCUGAAUGUGUUUAAGACCACGGGUCACUGGCACACCUCAAAUCAGAAAUUACCUCUAAAGCAAACAUACAAUGCAUGCAUUUAACACAAUUUUCCUGUUGUUUACAAGUCACUGUAUAUUAAAUUUGAUUUUUUUGUCUUUUUUCAGGAACAAAGUGGCUUGACAGUGAAUAGCCUUUACUACGGAACAGCCAUCCUGUACAGUGGGCAAGAAGACAGACUGGAGCUGAGGUAUGUUGAGUGAACACAAACUGCAUCGCAACACAUUGCAUGCAACCUUGCUCACAUAAACAAUCACAAAGUGCAGCCUCCCUUUGUUUGUUUAAAGCUAAUGGCAGGAUGAGGUGUUUCCUCUCAGCCCGUGUGUGGAGAGGGCCUGUUGACACACUCACAUGCAUCACCGGACCCCGACGAUUGAGACAGCACCUCCUCAAAUGUCCCUGUGUUUGCUGUGGACGGGAGUCAAACAGUUAAAUUAGUAUGAACUUCUCUCUCUGUUUUCAGAGAGGCCACGUUGUUCAGGCCUGUUCAGGGCCGCAACAGCACAUUAAACCGAGUUUCUACGCCUCGGGGUGUUUGAAAUGAGUCAGAUAUAUCAUGCUGUGAACUCUGCCCAUCAGUUUAUGAGGAGUCACAACAGAAUAUAAACCCUGCGGGGUGUUUUAAUUUCAGGAGGUGAGAGAAAACAUGGUUAAUCAGGUUGAAUCUUGAGAGUUUAAAGUCAAUAAUUCACCAAGAAAGUAGCUCAUACAUUCUAACUACUGAUUGCUCUAAUCACAGUCUGAGAUUGUCGUGCUUGUACUGAACAAACUGUGUACAUACCCCCCCCUGUUUUUGACCCUAUAGUCUCUCGGGAGCUGGUGUUGUGGUGAGAUUAAGCUACAGGGGGACAGGGGCAUGAGGACAGCAGGCUGAACAUGAUAAAUGCCCGCUCUAACAGUCGCUUCCUGUGCUGUAGUCCUGCCUCAGCCUUCCUGUUUUGGAUCAGUGAAGUGGGAACAUGGAGCUAGGAUGACAUUUAAAUCAAAUAGCUUUCGAUUUUACAGCUGGUUUAACACAUUUCUGUUUUAUUUUUGCAACAUUUCUCUUCUAAAAAAAAUCCCAAAUCAUCCAGGCGCUCAAGAUUAUUCCGCCGUCUCUGUUGUCCCUCCUUCAAGUUGGAAUCCUUAAAAAUAAAUCACAGCUGCUCUGGUUGUUGGAACAUGUGCUGGGACUCUGCUGGGUUUUAUAGUUUUCAAACCAACCACAUAGGGGAGAGUGUGUUAAGAUGAGCCAUUUCUCAUAUUUCAGAUCACAGAUACAUUGAGGCAAUCAUAAUUUUGGCUCUAACUAGUGAAUCUGCAUAUAUUUCAGGAUGUUGUUCAUCCCUGCAAACCAACAGAAUGAGUGUAAACAUAACUGUCUUGAUAAUACAGCAUGCCAAAAAAGUGGUCUCCUACGGUCAACUUACCCCAGAACUACUAUUAUGACUUUAUUAGUCCUCUAAUCUAAAAUGGUGGACUUUUAUGUUAGGUUUUUGACCUCAUGUUGUAGCUUAUAGAUACCACAAUUGAUGAAUAAAAUUAUCUUUUUUUGGUCUGAACACAAUUCUAAUAAAACUUAUGACAGAGUAAAUUCACUUUCAAGAGUGAAAAAUGUUUUUUGGGAGAUAAAUGUCUAACUCCUUCACCCAUGUGCUUCUAACCUUCACAGACUCCAUGAAUUGAUGUCCAUCUCCUAAAUAUUUGGUCACAUGAUCAAUUUCUUUUACCAUUUACAAGCAACAGGGGCUGGCUCAACUUACCCUUUGGCUCAACUGACCCACUCUCCUCUAUACAGGAGUAAACAAUGAAGUUGCAGUAGACUAUUUUCUGCUGCAUAUUCAUACAGUUGCUGCUCAAGUUGCUAUUUCUGGAAGCAGGAUGUUGUUUUUGCUGUUGCUUAAAAUAUUAGAGGAACAAACAAAAGGAUAAUCCAUGGAAAGCUUCAGAUACACAGACAAUACUUGUUGGGUUGAACCCUAACCCUAUCUCUGGUGUUGGUCUUUUUAUAGGAAUAGUUAAUAGUGAAAAAUAACAAAAGAAAUAGCAGUUGUUGACAGUGAUUUUGCAGGAAGAAACAUUUAUUUUGUCUUUAAUUAUAUCCUUGAGAAACAAGAUGACAUAAUGAAAAGCAAAGAUCCUGCAAAUUCUUGUUAAAACAAGUUGUGACUGCUAAUCUGUGUGUUUUGGUAAAUAGAUUAAUCAGCUGUAACAUCUCUUAUUUUCAGUGUGUCUGACUUGGUGAAGCAGGGGACCAAGAAAGAAAUCCCUCCUCACAAGAAGAUGCUGGAGCUGAUCCCCUCGUUCGCCGAAGAAGAGGACUCUGACUCUGAUUCUGACUACCUGACUAUCAGAUAUCUGCUACCGUGAAAUCAGUAACAUGAAGUUUCCACUAAAAUCCUCAUAACACAUGAGGCUGUUUUUAUGUGAAAGGAAAGUUUUACUUUCCUCUGACAUCCAAUCAGGGAAAAUUGCUGUAUUGUUGUGCUAAAUCAAACGUAGUUAUUCAAGUGUCUGUCCUGUGUCUCUCAUUAUAGUUUGCACAAACCUUGCACUGAUUUAUGUGAUAAACUUUUAGAUUUUAGCUCAGAGAUGUAAACAUGUCCUCAUCCUCUGGCCAAGCUCCCAGAAAUACAGCUAAAAGAACAUUAAUGAUCAUUAAUUUCCUAUUUCUUUUUUAUUAAAUGGCAAAACAUCAAGCGUUUUAACCGGCUAUUUCCUCUCUAUUACAAGCAGAAAGUUUAACAUGAAAUUGUUUUUGUUUAUUUUUGGUUUAAACCAGAUGCAAGGCGUGUUUUGAAGGAGGCUCAGGUCAGAGGUUGUGGAGAUGUUUGCCAAAAACUUGUGGACCAGAUGCCAAGGAGCUGCUGGGUCAAACCUGGACUGCUUUUAGGGUUUAAUUUCGAUCAGAUUGGGCUCAUAGUUGUGGAGGUGUGGUGUGGUGAAGUCAGAACAAGAAGUUGGCACGGGAAGUAUUGUGCUUUGAUGAUGCAGGGUUAUUUGUUAUUAGAGCUGGUUCUAGUAAAGAAAUGGACCUCAAACGGCUUCUUGUGUAUGUUCUUGUCUGUAGCCUUCAAAUGGAAUGGUGUUGGUUUAUAAAAAGGUGAACUAGUAAACAAUCCUGUUAUCAUGAAACAUCCCUGGUAGCUUAUCAUAGUAUAUAGCUACCAUGCUUUAAACUAUGUGAUUUAAUUCAUUUCAAAAAAUCAAUAAAUGUGAAUCAGUCUGGCCUCA